AUGUACUCUCCCAUCCAGCUCGCUACCUUUGCUCUUGCCCUCAGCGGCAUUGCAACCGCCCUGCCGGGAAAUACGACCCCAGAAGGCUAUGGCAGCACAAAGACGACCUCCACCACAAAGACGACUCCAGGCGGCUACGGCACGACGAAGACAACAUCGACCACCUCCAAAUCGACCUGCAGUGUCAGCACCAUCUGGACCAAUUCUGUCGGCUCCACCACCAAGUCAGUAAUCAAGUCGACGGUCAUCAGUGUGCCUGGCAAGACGGGAAGCACUUGCACCAAGAAGCAAGUCUCGACCAACAUCCCAAAGACCACUACAGUCACGAAGAAGAAGGACACUGUCGUAACCAGCACCAUCGUCAAAGACGGCCUCGUGCCAUCCGUCAUUGACACAUACACCCUCGUGCCCAGCACCACUGUGAUCGAAAAGCCCACCGUCAUCACCACGACCCUCAGAGAAACCAAGUCGACCACCAUCAAGAAGCCCACCAAGUUCACCACUUCGGUCUCCGGCAAGACGACCAUCACCUCCGUUUACACGGACAGCAAGCCCAAGACAUACACCCAGGUCACUACUAUUCCUACCGUCACGGAGGUCAAGCAAUGCACGCCUACGACUGGCAAGGGCAGUUUGAGCACCAGCCUCACUACCAAGCUCGAGACUAAGCCGAUUACUACCAAGAUUUCGACGACUACUGAGGUCUGCGGUCCAAAGGGUUACGGCAAGGAGUAG